AGCGGCGGCAUGUCGGCUUCUAGGGGCCGCAAGCGGGUGAAGCCGGCGAUCGGGGCCGAAAGCGGCAAGCGGCGGCGGAAGCCCCUCGGUGAUGGGGCGGCGGCCUGGAACAAAGUGGGCGCCAAACGGAGCGCCACGAUAAGUGAGGAAAUCUCUAGCGAGUCCGAGAAUGAAAGUCCUGCACUGGCCAGGAAGAGGAAGAAUGAGGAGGAGGAGGAGGAGUUGGAGGAGACGGCCCAGGAGAAGAAGCUGAGGCUAGCCAAAUUGUAUCUGGAGCAGCUACGGCAGCAAGAGGAGGAAAAGGCAGAAGCAGAGACGUUUGAGGAAGACCAGGUGGCCGGGCGUCUGAAGGAGGAUGUACUCGAACAGAGAGGCCGGCUCCAGAAACUGGUGGCUAAGGAGAUCCAACCUCCAACGGAUGCGGAGAUCCGGGUCCUGCGGGGACACCAGCUGUCUGUUACGUGUCUGGUCAUCACCCCUGACAACUUGGCCAUCUUCUCAGCUGCCAAGGACUGCACCAUCAUCAAGUGGAGUGUGGAGACUGGGCGAAAACUGUGUGUGAUUCCACGGUUGAAGAAGAGCCCCAAAGUUGAGGGGCAGCUGACCGGGCACAUUGACCACAUCCUCUGUAUGGCUAUCUCCUCUGAUGGCAAAUACCUGGCCACAGGUGACAAAAACAAGCUGAUCCUUAUCUGGGAGGCAGCCACCUGUCAGCAUCUGUACACUUUCACCGGGCACCGGGGUGCCGUGUCGGGCCUGGCAUUCCGGAAAGGCACCCACCACCUGUACAGCACCUCCCACGACCGCUCCGUCAAGGUGUGGAAUGUGGCGGAGAACGCCUAUGUGGAGACUCUCUUCGGGCACCAGGACGCGGUGACGGCCCUGGACGGGUUGAGCCGGGAAUGCUGCGUGACGGCUGGGGGCCGGGACGGCACCGUCCGAGUCUGGAAGAUCCCCGAGGAGUCCCAGCUGGUGUUCUACGGCCAUCAGGGCUCCAUUGACUGCAUCCAGCUCAUCAACGAGGAGCACAUGGUGUCAGGUGCAGACGAUGGGUCUGUGGCUCUGUGGGGUUUCUCCAAGAAGCGGCCGCUGGCCCUGCAACGCCAGGCUCAUGGGAUGCGGGGUGAAGAGGGGCUGGAACAGCCUUACUGGGUGUCGGCUGUAGCUGCCCUGCUCAACACCGACCUCAUUGCUACAGGCUCCCAUAGUUCCUGCGUGCGACUGUGGCAGUGUGGAGAAGGAUUCAGGGGGCUGGCGCCCCUCUUUGACAUCCCCUUGGUUGGCUUUAUCAACAGUCUCAAGUUCUCCAGCACAGGGGACUUCUUGGUGGCCGGGGUGGGCCAGGAGCACAGGUUGGGUCGCUGGUGGCGAAUCAAAGAGGCCAAGAACUCUGUGUGUAUCAUCCCUCUGAGACCGAGACCACCCACCCCUGCCACGGUCUCCUGAACCAUGUCCAGGAGAGCACUUUUUAUUUAAACUCUUUGUCUUCCAUCUGUCUUUCCAUCCCAACUUUAUAAUAAAGGCGUCUCUCCUGUUCCUA